AUGGCGUCGUCUACUGCUGUGCCUGUAGGAUUUCACUACGAAACAAAAUACGUAGUUCUCAGCUAUUUGGGACUUUUAUCACAAGAGAAACCGCAGGAGCAUCCUCCUCCUUCAACUCAAG